AUGGUUAAGAGCAUCCACAGUAGGGGCGCCCCGAUCGCGGCUAAGCCGCGUCUGUCUACUGUGGCGGAAGAGGCCUCCCUGGAGGCGGACGAUUUUUGGGGGCGGAAGGGCUUUCACCCCGAGUGCGCCGAGGACGAGCCGGAGGAGAGAGAAUCGCGGCGGCCACUGCAGCUAUCUAUUGCACGGCGAAACCGCCGCGGCGAGGUGCAGAGGGAAGCCGACGAGGAGGAUGAGGCGGCGACGGCGGAAUUGGCGGCGGCGGCGAUCCCUCGUGAGAUUCGUCAUCGUCGGACAAUCCCACGAGACCAUGUCGGAGCGGCUGAGCGGCUUAUGGCAGACUACUUUAGCGCUAACCCCCGUUACCCAGCUGAGAUUUUCCGUCGGAGUUUCAGAAUGUCGCGACCGCUCUUCACCCAUAUAGCGACGACAUUGGCGGACCGGUACGGUUGCUUCAACCUCUGGAGUGAUUGCACUGGCCGGAUCAGACUAUCUACUUCUCAGAAAUGUACCUCUGCAAUAAGGCAGCUUGCCUAUGCCGGACCGGCUGAUAUGUUCGAUGAAUACCUACAGAUGGGUGAGACGACUAGUCUAGAGGUGCUCCGGCAGUUUUGUAAGGGCAUGCGGGAAGUCUUUGGUCCGGAGUUCCUACGAAAGCUAACCUCCGAUGAGUGCCAGAGACUGCUAGAUAUGCACGGUGCGGUGCACAGUUUCCCAGGGAUGUUGGGCAGCAUUGAUUGCAUGCAUUGGGAGUGGAAAAACUGCCCGGUGGCGUGGAAAGGCCAGUUCACUACUGGUUUCAAUUGCAAACAUCCUUCGAUGAUACUGGAAGCCGUUGCUGACUACCAUUUGCGGAUCUGGUAUGCGUAUUUCAGUGUUGCAGGUUCGAACAACGACAUAAACGUUCUGCAGCCGUCGCCUCUCUUCAAUGAUGAGUGCCGGGGAGAGGGUCCAGAGAUCAGUUUCGUAGCAAACGGCACGCAGUAUCGCAGGGGAUACUAUUUGGCAGAUGGAAUAUACCCUCGUUGGCCCGUAUUCGUCAAGACACUUCGCCAACCGCCUGGAGCGAGGAGACAAUAUUUUGCGCGAAAACAAGAGGCCGCUAGGAAAGAUGUUGAGCGAGCUUUUGAACGUUGGGCACCGGAAGAUGGUGCAAGUACAAGUCACGGCGUUGCCUCCGCGCCGAUACAAAUGGGUGUACCACGUAGUAAUGAAUAUCUGAUCCAACGUUUCGCUGAUAUACGCAGGAGCACAGCACAUGACCAACUCCAGGUCGAUUUGAUUGAAGAGGUCUGGGCACGUAGGGGAGGCGGCGUAGCGUGA